GCGUCGCGUCGUGGCCAGGACUGUUUUGAUGCAGUUGACAAACAUAUCAGAAGGGGUAUUUCCAUGUAAAAUAGUGACAGAAGCGUGUAUUCUUUGCAGGUCGGGACGAGCCGACAUGGGCGCCCCAGCCCCGACACCCCAGAGAGAUCUCUAGCGGUGACACCUGCAACUCCAGUCCGCCACAUCCUGGCCCCACACAAACGCAAGGACCCAAACCGUGGCUUUCUUUAUUUUCUAUGACACAUCCAAUUUAUGCCCAGCUAGAUUCGGUAGAAUCGCUGUUGGACGAGCUCCCAUAUAUGUUUUAUCUGGGCCUGUUCUUUGUGAACGUCCUGAUCCUCUACUAUGCCUUUUUGAUGGAGUACAUCGUCCUGAAUGUGGGGAUAGUAUUUCUGCCUGAGGACAUGGACCAAGCACUGGUGGACCUCGGGGUGCUGUCCGACCCGGCCUCUGUCCCGUACGACACGGACACGGAGCUGGAUGUCUUUGAGGGGUAUCUUGAGUGACAGGGCAGUCCUGGAGGACGGAAAGGGAAUUUAAGUGGAAGUGAUGACGAUGCAGAGGUCCGGUGCAGGUUGGACCAGCGUGAAAACACCCCGGUCAGUGAUGUUGGGACAAAAUGCCUCAGAGUGGAUGCUAUUGCUGCCUUUUUCUCACACAGACAUAUCAGUGAAAAAGUUGUCUCGGCUCAAAAGAAGGUAGCUGGAGGAAGAGACUCAGCAUCACCAGCCAUGUGAUCAGCGACUGUCCUGUGGGAAGAGCACUCUGCGCUGGAUCAGCUGUCAGUCAGUCUGUUGCCACUCUAAAAACUAUUGAGUCCGGUCGGACCCAGUGGGAUUUGCAGUGCCGUCUGUGCCACUCACUCUGGACAUAAUAAAAGAGGAAAAGGAAGCACUGUGUGCUGCAAGUGAUAGGAGACAGCUGUCCCUUGUGGAUGAAAAAUAAUUGUUACUGGUGGAGCGUAAUUCAGGUAGUCUGCAUUGCAGCCAGUUCAGAUACACUUAAAACAAUUAUCAAGGCUGUGCAAGAUCUGGUAGCUGACCGCUGAAGGAAGUGAAUUGAAAGUUGCCACCUCAGUCGCAGUGAGAUAUCCAACAGCAUGACUCAGAAGAAGUGGCAUAGUGCAGGAAAACCACGUCCACUGUAGGUCUGUUGCAUACUUAGUCACUCACAGAACAACUUGUUUCAACUUGUUUGUCCUUUUAAGUUUUCUGACGAGAAAACGUGCAUUGCCGGUUCGCAGGCUCGCUCAUCGUUAAGGUGUAUUUUGAAAUGUGUCUUUUGAGGCCACCCGUAAUGUGUAUCAGCUUCAGGGAUGUACACGCACUCAGGAGCACAGCUAGGAACUCGUGCAGGAGCGAGACAUAACGCUGACACUGGACACAGGCUGUGAAACUGCAGGAUAUUGGCUAUAACCCUAAUCUCUUCAAGCUCUCUUAUAAACCAGGAGCAUCAUACCACAUUUACCACACUUGUCACUCUAGUGCAGAAAGUAUUAUUGUAUCUAGGGAAAGUUAUUUCUUUGAUAGUGUGUCUGAUGAUAAUUCAGAUUAUAUGCAAAUUUAAAGUUUUUCCACAAAGUCACCAGUAAUGACAGCUGUGAUCACACUUGUGAUGUGUGAAGCUGUUGUGAGUUGUGUCAAAGGCUGAACCUCAUAUGAAAAAGAACCUCAGAAGAGGUGCUUCAGAUAUCUGACUUUGUCAUCCUCUGUUGCACACAUGUUUGUUUUUAUAACGUUCCAACCGUGCGAGACAUAGAACAAAUUCAACGCAUGAUAUUGGUUGUGUGUUUUUAAAAGAAAUCAGUUUAGUCUGUUUUGUUGUCUGUUUUAUCGCACUUUCUUCUGUUUGUUAUGAAUCUAGAAUUCAGUUCAGAAAAUGUUUAUUCUUGAUAGCAAUAAUAUACUGGAUUCAAGCAAUGCAGCAAUUCUGUAGUCAUAGGAAUGAGAUUGUGCGCGGAAUCAGGUAAUUUUUCCAUCCAUCUGUUGGAUUUGGUUGUGGCUGGGUGGAGGAAAACCGCCUCAUGUCAGUGACAUUUGGAAGGGGAGAGUCCACUUGAUUUGCUUGAUAUUUGUAAGAAAGCAUUACAGGUCUGUGCAGCCCAGUUGCCAGAAUUGAAUGUUGGCAUCGUACGUUUAUGCAAACCACAGAUUCGUUACAUAUCAUAUCAAGAUUUCUACAAUAGGUAUCAAAGUGAUGCAGUUCAGAUUACCGAUACAUGUAUAUGAUAUGAGUUUCUCUUCAGAGGGAGGAGGUGGUGGUGGCACGACAGCUAGGUGAGAUGACUGCCAAAACCCGAAAAACUGGGUAUUUUUAAUGAGAGGUAGGGAUGUUUCCCAGCCAUGUUUUUGGCAACAAAACCACGUAUUUUUAGCCAAAACAUGAUCAUAUCCUAACCCUAACCAAGUGGUUUUUGUGCCUAAACCUACCAGGACCUUAAGCACCAAGUUGUUACGGCAUAAAAUUGAAACAAAGUUUUAGCAUAUCCAUGAUUAGCAAAAACGAACAGUGCCAACAUUUACUCUGGCGAUUGCAUUGAUCUGUUUCUCAUAGCAUACAGUACAGUACUGUCUACCGUAGUAGCAAAUUGUGCAUACUAAUCAUUUCAGUGUGGUUGUUGUCCACCAAAUAACUGAAGCUGUAGAGACAAAAACCUUUUCUAAAUAUUUGCACAUGCACGUUUCAUACUCUAUACAAGCUUUUGUGCAGAAUUCAUUGCCUGACUGUGAUUUGAACAUUACAGUCUGCAAGACAGCCUUUCAGCCGCAUGUAUCACCAACACUUUGCCUACUCAGCUGAAAUGGUACAUUUAGUAUAGGCAGAUGAGUGUCCUCAGCCACACUGUGAAAUGAAUUCAAAAGAAAAGGCUGUGCUGCAACUCAAGAACAGAGAAAUAAGAAAUAAUUGUGUCAAACACGUUGAUGACUGUUUUUGAAAGUUCAACCAGUAUUAAUGAUGGCUAAUAACCAAAUUCUUUCUUCUUUUUUGGAUUAAGGCUGCCAGUAAGCAGUGUUAUGUAGUGACAUUUAAAAUGUUUUGAUUCGGUUGUAUAUGAAUUUGUUUAAAUCUGUGUGUCCAUAAAAAAAAUCUAUUUUUGGCAGGAUAAAAAUCCUCCUGAAACAACAUUUAGAUCAUGUGACUAAAGCUCAGGAUGCUAAUAUUCAUUAAAUAUAGUAAAGCAUGUUUGAUCAGAGAGUCGUAUAAUCAGUAAUAGGUAAGGGCUGACUGUACAUGAACAAUGAAUUGUUAAUAAGUAUUCAAGAAAGGAUGUAAUCCAGCUGCUGGAGGUGGACGACACUAACAGGCUGAUACCUGACGGUCAGUGUGACGAGUCGCUUCCCAUGUGCUAAAAAGCGAGAGAAGCGGUCAGAUGAGAUUUCCUAGUUUUCUCUGAAAUCUGUUUAUAAAUCACCUGACUGGUUUCAGGUAUGAAGCUGUUUGUGCCACUUCCCGGGAAUGAUACCACACUGUGCUGGUCGGGUUCCGAUCAACUCUACUCACAGGAUUAGCCUAGUGGAAACCCACGAGACUGUGACCGAUCAGAGCUUCCGCUCGGGUUGUCGGAUGUCUCAUCGUCAUCAACAUACAGCCUUCACCCAGCGCUUGUGUCAUCCCUCCACAUGUACUUCUUUUCAGACAUGCACAUGCUAUAAUAAGCUAUGGAUCGUAACAGAGUUUUAUUUUCCAAUGUGUAUUUAAUAAACUUUGGGCGAAUGCCAGCGUUUUGU